AUGUUUUCUUUUGCUAAUGAGAAUCAAGUUAAACCAUUUGGGACACAAAAUAAUGAAGUGACCCCCAAAAAAAUUCCUGAUAUAUGCUAUGAUGAAUUUAAUUGCCACUAUUUAAUUAUGCAAGAUUCAAUCCGCCCAGUAUACUCAAAAGUAAGCCUGAUACUUUAA